GGGAAAGGGUUGGGAGUCGGGACAUAUCAGGUAGCAAUCGAUUAAUGGAACAUACAACUCACCGAGUCUCUACAGGGCCCUGGAUGCAAAGGCCUGCAGACAUCCUAUGCACGGCAGUACGACGCAGUGCAAGAAUAGUUCGAGUUUGUUUGCAGUGUGUGACAGAGGGGAGAGGUGAUCACCAUGCCCUCUCUGCCCGCCGUUCCCGAGGCCUGCAGCCAUGUCUUGGCUGAGUUUGACUGCCUGGACCCCCUGCUUGCCGCCUUGCGCUUGGACUCUGGCCGGCUGAAGUGCACCUGCUUGGCAGUGUCCAGGAAGUGGUUAGCCCUGGGUACUUCAGCUGGGGGUCUGCACCUCAUUCAGAGGGAGGGCUGGAAGCAACGACUCAUCCUGACGCACAAGGAAGGAUCCAUCACUCAGGUCGCUUGCUGCCCCCAUGAUGACGACUUUAUCGCUGUUGCUACAAGUCAGGGCCUGGUGGUGGUGUGGGAGCUGCAGAUGGAGCGGAGAGGGCGUCCUGAGCGGGUUUCGGUGUCGUGGGAGCAUCGAGGCGGCGGCGUGACGGCGCUCUGCUGGGACACCGCUGCCCUCCGGGUCUUUGUCGGGGACGCCAGUGGAAAAGUGUCCUUCCUCCGCGCCGGGUCCUCCAAACUGGGAAAGGCGUCGGCGUUCGUAAUGUUCCCCGUUCAGACCAUCACCACAGUGGACUCGCGUGUGGUGCAGCUGGGUUACCAGGACAACCGGCUCCUGGUGUCCUCUCUCAGCCGCUGCUACCUGUGUGACACGGAGAGAGAGAAGUUCUGGCGGGUCGGGAAUAAGGAGCGGGAUGGCGAGUACGGGGCCUGCUUCUUCCCCCAGGGGCGUGGCCUUGGAGCUGCCCAACCCCCACUGCUGUACUGUGCCCGCCCUGGGUCCCGCAUAUGGGAGGCCAAUUUCAGUGGAGAGGUCCUGAGUACACACCAGUUUAAACAACUGCUGGCCUGCCCCUCUGUACCACUCAUCUCAUACAGGGGUGAGCCUCAAUACGACCCAGCCCAGCGGAGCCCCCAGUCCAUCGCUUUCCCCAGACUGCUGUAUCUCAGUGAUCAGAACUUGCUGACCUGGACUGACUCUGCUAUGUACGUCUUUGUACCUCAGAGUGGCCAAGUCCUGCUGUGGACAGAGAUUAAAGACGUGGUGGAGGUAGCGGUCUUCCGCAGCGAGCUGUUCUGCGUCCACGGCGACGGGCGCCUGUCGCACCUCUCGCUGCUGCCGGCCGAGCGCUGCGUGGAGAGGCUGCUGCGCCGGGAGUCCUGGGCCCUGGCCGCCACCCUCUGCUGCAUGUUCCAGCACGCUGUCGCCCCCUGCAGGGUAAGGAAGACGCUUCCCAUCGACCGCCUGGAGUACCUGAGGUCACAGCUCAAUAGCUCCACCCACCAAGACCUGAUCAGCCAAUUGGAGGAAGUCAUCUCCAAGCUGGAGCCCCUGGACUCUGCCUCCAGCAGCCGAAGAAGCAGCAUCUCUUCACAUGAGAGUUUCAAUGUGCUGGACUGUGGAAUCUAUCGGGUCAUCAGCCGCAGGGGUAGCCAAUCGGAUGAAGAGACAAGCUCCCUCGUUAGCCAAUCAAUGUUAGAAGAGGAACGGCUGAAGGAAUUUAGCUUUAUUCAGGAGGACGAGCCAGUGGACCAAGACCAGCCACCCGAUCGCCCGGAGCCGGACCGCUCCGAGGCCGGCCUGCAGUUCCACCUCCCCCUCUCAUUCCGCCCCAAACCCCCCCGUGUGGCGCUACAGGCGGUAAGAGACAGUGUCUCCAGCUUUGUCAAGAAGACCACAGAGAAGAUCAAUACCCUCCAGAUGAACUCUGACCUGUGGGCUCGUCCGGAUCAGAGGGACGGGGGACAGAGCGACGUGGGGUUCUCCGGGGCCCCGUUCUCCGAGGAGAGGGACACAGAGCAGAGUGCUGACUCACUGAGUGCAGAGACAUACCUCCAGGAGCUGAGAGAAGCCACUGAGCGAGCAAUCUCUCAAACACAGGACCCGAUGGUUCUGUUGGACCCCGCCUGCCUGGGAGAGGUUCUGCAGGAGUGGCUGCCGGUCCUGGACCGGCUCCUGGGUCCGCACGAUUCGCACCCAUCCCAGAAGAACCUGUCCGGUCUGGAGAACCCUCUAGAACCGGGCUGCAAGGGGGAACAUCCCGACAGCACCUCCACCACUCCUGACGUGGGACCAGAGGUGCAGGAUGAGGUGGACACCACCCGGGAAGGGGGCCUCGAGAGAUCCCCCACGCCCCAGGGGUCCGAGGGCCGACCGGAAGAGCCAAUUCGGGUGUCCCCCCCGCGACCCCUGCCCUCCGACCUGCUGGCCGACCUCUGUCAGCUGGCCUCCCUCAGCCUGGACCUGGGCUGUUUCCAUAGCAGCACUUCCUGUGAGGAGGGAGUUUGUGACUUCCUGCGCCGGUACUUCUUCCUGUUGGAUCCGGAGCGCGUGCAGAGGGCCUGUGCGUUCAGGUACCGGGGCCAGCCCAAGGUCCGGGAGGCCUUCAUUGCAGGCCUGCUUGAGCUGACUCGGUCCAGUCCGGUUGUGGCGGUCAUAGAGAAGGGGGACCUGCUGAAGUCGCUUCGGACACUGAGGGACCUUCAACCCUGGAGCGCCCCCCCCCUGCUCGCUCUCCUGCACCGGCUGUAUGAGAAACACGGUGAGCUGGCUGUUCGCUCCUUCACCCAGUUCUAUCCCACAAUCCUCCCCUCUGACAUCAUGGCCAUGGCCCAGAGGAGCCAUUUCCUGGCCUACCUGGAUAACCUGGUGCACUCCCGCGCAGAGGAGCAGAGACUCUCCUUCCUUGGGUCCCUCCUUCAGCCAGAGUCACUGCGGCAAGAAUGGCUAGAGCUGGCGCUAUCCCACGAUGCACCACAAAAAGCAGAUACUCUGACCUUAAACGGACAGCCCAGGUGGCGAUCUCAUCUGUUCAGCUGGGGAUAUGGGCGCCUCCUCUCCCUUCUGAUCCAGCUGCCAGCUGACCUGGCCUCCAAGCAGAAGAUGACGGAGACUUGCCGAACGUUUGGGUACUGGAAAGGCUACCUCGCCCUUUGCUGUCAGCUACAGCGCCGCCCGGAGGCCUUCGCCACCAUCUGCAGGCUGGAUGACAUGAGCCUGCUGGAGGGGCCCAACGGUGUUGGUCCUGAGACUCUGGAGGAAUGGAAACUCCUUCUCCAGCUUUCCCAGCAGCAACGUGACUCUCCCGACGCCGCCUCUGGCCCCGCCCAGCCAAACGCUAACGGCCUGUCCAACGGCUCCUGUGAUUCGUGCGGCCAGGUCAGCCCGGAAAGCCUGAUGCUGCGAUUGGCCCGUAUAAUCGGGCCGGACCGGGCCAUCGAGACGCUGGGGGACUGUGGGAUAUGCGUGGAGCUGGGGCCGCGCUCCAGUCUGGUCUGUGAGCUGCUCAGAAUGGCAGAGAAGAGGCAGCGGGCUUUGAUCCAGACCAUGCUGGAGCGCUGUGAUCGUUUCCUCUGGUCCCAGCAGGCCUAGGGCUCAGUGUAGGCCACUGAGUCUGACUGCAUGGCUACAGUAGGCCACUGAGUCUGACUGCACGGCUACAGUAGGCCACUGAGUCUGACUGCACGGCUACAGUAGGCCACUGUGUCUGACUGCAGGGCUACAGUAGGCCACUGUGUCUGACUGCAGGCCUACAGUAGGCCACUGUGUCUGACUGCAGGCCUACAGUAGGCCACUGUGUCUGACUGCAGGCCUACAGUAGGCCACUGUGUCUGACUGCAGGCCUACAGUAGGCCACUGUGUCUGACUGCAGGCCUACAGUAGGCCACUGUGUCUGACUGCAGGCCUACAGUAGGCCACUGUGUCUGACUGCAGGCCUACAGUAGGCCACUGUGUCUGACUGCACGCCUACAGUAGGCCACUGUGUCUGACUGCAGGCCCUACAGUAGGCCACUGUGUCUGACUGCACGGCUACAGUAGCCCACUGAGUCUUACUGCAUGGCUACAGUAGGCCACUGAGUCUUACUGCACGGCUACAGUAGGCCACUGAGUCUUACUGCACGGCUACAGUAGGCCACUAUGACUGUUGGUCAAGCCUGGGUGACUGUGACUACAGCGAAACCUGGCCCAAAGACUAUUUCAACCCUUUCCUAUGGUUGUACAUUUUAGUUGGUAACAAUUUUAGUUGAAACAGUUUUCAGAGAUUUGUUGGAGUGGUUCCACAUUUUAUCUAAAUGGUUUUAAGUUAAUGUGUGUUUGAUCCAGGUCAAAUUAUUUAAACAGUGUUGCUGUCCAGCUUUUCCAAGUCUAAACCAAUACACUUGUAUGACAGGUGGUUAAAUAACAGUAUUUUUUUAAUCACAGAUUUUCAAAUGUGUUUAGAGUUUUAAUAUAUAAAAUUCAUAAUUUCUUAUAUGUCUGGAUUCAGUUAAAUGUUUUUGUUUUUGUGAGGGUUACUUGUAAAGAAUAAUUAAGCCAAAGUAUAUGAUUUGAGCAGUUACAGAUAAUACUGAUUUCUUUUAAGCAUGUCCCUGAAUGUCCCUUAAUAUAUGAGACCCUUUCGCAUCUGGAUGUUGUGUACAUUCAUUUUCAUUAUUUUAUUAAUUAUAUUAUUAUUUUUAAAUUGGCCGUGAAUAUGAACAAACUGCACAAAACCGUGUGUGCAAUUUGUUCUUUUAUGAAAUGCACGCUCAAGUGCUGUCUGUAAGUUCCUGAAAAACGUUUAACCUAUAUCUAUCACAUACCAAGAUAAACUGCAGUCUAAUCAUUAACAAAUACUUGUUUCCUUUAAGGUAAUAGCUGUGUUCAUUUCUGUGUGUUUGUUGACCUUGCUGAUAAACCUCUCACAUCCA